AUGAUAUUUGAUAUUAUUGCAAGCCUUUUGGAUACUACAUUAAUUUUUAUCAUUACAUUGCAGUCCAUAUUCAUGCCUCAAGGUUAUCCUGAAAGUGUCAGUGGAGAUUAUUUAGAGUACCAAAUUUGGGACACCAUUCAGGCUUUUUGUAGCAGUAUAACUGCUACUUUGGCAACUCAAUCAAUUUUAAAGGGUGUAGGUGUUGGUGAUAGUUCAGCAACAAUCGCUGCUGCUACUCUUACAUGGUUACUCAAAGAUGGAACCAGUAUGGUUGGCAGAAUAAUGUUUGCUUGGUUUCGAGGGAGUGUUUUGGAUUGUGAUUGCAAAAGAUGGAGGUUUUUUGCUGACAUAUUGAAUGACGUUGCAAUAUUUUUGGAUAUUAUCGCUCAACACUUCGUUCACAUAUUUACACUUAUUGUUUGCAUAUCGGGAAUUUUAAAGUCUGUAGUAGGAGUUGCUGGUGGAUCAACUAGAUCAGCGAUCAUGGAACACCAAGCUCGAAGGAACAACAUGGCAGAUUUAUCAGCUAAAGAUGGGAGCCAGGAAACAUUGGUUAACCUGGCAGGACUGAUGUUCAGCAUACUUAUUAUUCCAUCCGUAAGCCAGAAUACGAACAUCGUUUGGCUACUCUUCCUUCUUCUAACUGGCAUGCAUUUGUAUGCAAACUAUCGAGCAGUGAGAUGCAUUGUGAUGGAAACGUUGAAUCAAACACGUCUAAGGUAUAUCGUUUUCAUCUAUCUUCAGGAAAAUCGUAUAGCUUCAUUAUUUGAAGCUAAUCGAGCGGAACCGAUUUUGACAGGUACUGAACUUUCAUAUUUUUAA